GCCACUGGGUGGCACUAUUGCAGGAGGCGAAGAUACUUCAACAACACGUAAAACAGAAGUCGCUCAUUUUAAACCUCGAUUUAAUGCUCCUUGUCUUUUAAAAGUACAGAACAGCAGGGAAUUUCGGAAUACAAAUUGGCAUCGAAUGUGCGGUUUUGGCUACGAAUAUUUCAUUUUGUAUACCAUUUCUAGUGUAUUUUCAGGCAUGAAAACAGGAUGAUGUUUAAUUCAUGCUUGGCCCGUGGCAACUCCGGAGCUGCAGUUUUUAAGACUUUCAUCUGGUCCAACUUGAAGUGCUGUCGGCGACCGAGACAGCAUCACCAGGUCGUUACAUUCAAUGUUUCUGGGUACUGCCAGAGCACCAUAAACUCAAAGCGUAGUUUCAGCCAGGUGCACAGUAAUACAUGUUCGGGGCAGUAUACAUGCCACAGCCUGACUCCUGAUAGGACUCUCUUGAAACUUCAGGGCAAGGACACCAGAGCAUUUCUGCAAGGUCUAAUCACUAACGACGUGGAGAGCUUGACGGGGGAAGAGGGCAGAAAAGCGCUCUACACCCAUAUGCUGAACAUUCAAGGGAGAACUUUAUUUGAUAUUAUUUUAUACAGUUUUGAGGGAAAGCAGGGAGAGGAGUCGGGCAGCCUGUUGCUGGAGUGUGACAGCACAGUAUCAGACUCUCUUCAGAAACAUUUAAAGGUCUAUAAGAUCCGUCGGAAGGUGAUCAUCGAGCCCUGCACGGACCUGUCUCUAUGGGCCGUCCUGCCUUCAGGGCAGCUGGGGGAGAGCAAAACUGCUGUCCCAAAAGUGUCCGGCUCUGACCAGAUACUGGUGUGGGAGCCUGACCCUCGAGCUGCAGCAAUGGGGUGGAGACUCAUUGUGAACAAGCAAGUCAACCCACUGGAGAUCCUACCAGCAAGCCAGCUUGGGGGCCUUGAAGAGUAUCAUAAGCACAGGUAUACAAUAGGGCUGCCUGAAGGUGUAAAGGACCUUCCUCCUGGGGGAGCCCUGCCUCUGGAGUCCAACCUCGUCUACAUGAACGGUAUCAGCUUUGUCAAGGGCUGCUACAUCGGGCAGGAACUAACUGCCAGAACCCACCACACUGGCGUGAUCCGGAAGCGCCUCAUGCCCCAUCCCUGGCUCUCCUCUCCUGUCCUGGUCCCUGAGGGGGCUGCCAUCCUCACUGGAGGCGGGAAGUCUGCCGGGAAACUCCGUACCAGCCUCGGAGGCCAGGGCCUGGCACUCAUCAGACUAGCUCAAGCCAACGAACCCCUUUUUGUUCAAACAUCGGAAAACACUCUUCUGCAGCUCAAGGCUUCAGUGCCAGACUGGUGGCCAAAAUAUGAUAAACAGUAGUGACAUGACAAAAAACGUUAAUAUUUAACAUGUGUGCACACACACACACACACACAUUGCUGUAGCAAACAACUGGCAACAGGGAAAUUCAAGAUAAAUUCAAGAGAAUAUAUUGAACUAUUUUUAAAAGUUGCAUAACUGAUUACUGAUUUCUGUUAUAAAUAUUCAGUAUACAACUUAAUUUGCAGUGAAAUAGGAUUGUUUUAAAAAAGAGCUAAUCUUACCAUGUUACUCCUGUGAUAUACAGUACCUUUUUCAGAUGAAUAAUAAAUUAAUGCUUUAACAUUUAUCAAAGUGCUUAUGUAAGUUUUUUAUGUCCUAUUUUCUUUUGUGUGUUUGUGAAAAUGGGCUGGUUAGGUUCACAUUUUAAAAACGCUUGAUUCAGAAUUUUGAAGCCGUGGAUUUGCAAUUGAACCUAUUUAUGUUUGGUUUUGGUCUUUAUUGAAACACAAAAGCAUUAAACCUCCUGCAUGUCAUUCAUUUGGUUACUGUAAUGAAGGAAGUUAGGGGGUGCAUUUACUUUGUAACAUUUUGGAAGUACAGUCUAAACCCAUUGCUUUAGCUCAUUCAAAAGAGGUACCAAGCAAGGUUAUUUGUCAUGCUUUUGAAUUCGUGGUGAACUGCUUUUGGCUAUACGAAAUAUAAUCUAAACAUUGCCAAAAUAAUAUUGCAUGAAUUA